AUAUUUAUGGAUAUCACAAUGCCUGUGAUGGAUGGUUUGGAGGCUGGCCGGCGAAUUCGAGCGUACGAGCGAGCGGCAGGACUACAACCUGUUAUGAUUGUAGCUCUUACAGCGCUCGCUAGCCAGCAUGCCAGACAAGAAGCGUACAGCAGCGGCAUCGAUUUAUUCCUGACGAAGCCUGUCCGCUAUAAAGACAUCGAGAAGAUGUUUGAAGAUUAG